GAUUCUUUUUCAGAAGCCCUUCGGCCCAGAUUCUUUGUGCCCAGAACUCCAAUUGCUUUGGACCCUUGCGUCUCUCUCUCUAAACUCACGCUCUCUCUCUCUCUCUGAACUCAAGCACAUGCCAGAUCUGUAUCACCCUUGUAUCUGAGAUUUCGAAAGAGAAAUCCAUGGCUAAUAUCAUGGGUUUCUUCUUAGUUCUCCUCUCUCUGACCUUGUCCUUGUAUCCCAGUUGUGCCCUUUAUGAAGAUCAAGUUGGAAUCAUGGACUGGCAUCAACAGUAUAUAGGGAAGGUAAAUCAUGCGGUGUUCCAUACUCAAAAACAAGGAAGGAAGCGUGUUGUAGUUGCUACUGACGAGAAUAUCAUUGCUUCUCUCGAUCUACGUCGAGGCGACAUAUUUUGGAGGCACGUCCUUGGUGAUUCUGAUGCUGUAAAUGACAUUGAUAUUGCUCUUGGAAAAUAUGUUAUUACCCUUUCAUCCAGUGGCAGUAUUCUGAGAGCAUGGAAUCUCCCUGAUGGGCAGAUGAUGUGGGAGUCCUUCCUUCAAGGUUCAGGUCCCUCAAAGUCCUUGUUAUCUGUAUCGGCUAGCAUUCUUGUUUUCAGUGGAGGGUGUCUUCAUGCAAUUUCUGGCAUCGAUGGAGAUGUUCUUUGGAGAAGAGAACUUAGUGGUGAAAGCCUAGAGAUGCAUAAGAUUCGCCAGUCACCCAAUGGCGAGACCAUUUAUGCGGCAGGACUUGUUGGGUCCUCACAGUUGGCUUUAUAUGAAUUGAACCCCAAAAAUGGAGACAUAGUAAACCAUAAAAUGGCGCUAUUUUCAGGAGGCUUUUCAGGAGAGAUGUUGUUUCUCUCUGAUGGCACACUAGUUGCAUUGGAUGCCACAAGGUCUACUAUAGUCACAGCAAGCUUCAACAACGGAAACCUCGUUUUUCAUCAGAGACCUAUAAUAGAAAUUGUGCCUGAAUUUUCUGGUUCAGCCAGUCUUUUACCUUCAAGAUUCAAGGGUUCUGUUGCUAUCAAGACUGAUUCUCAUGUACUAUUGAUAUUGGUAAGAGAAAAUGGGAAGAAAAUGGAGACUCUAGAUAAGAUUGAAGGUCCAUCUGCCAUUAGUGAUGCUCUUCUGUUCUCUGAGGACCAACAGGCUUUUGGGGUGGUUAGGCACGAGCAAGACGUGCUUUCUCUCUCAAUUAAACUUGAUGGUGGUGGAAACAAUGAGUUGAUUACGGAUAAUAUCAAGGUUGACGGGCAAAGGGGGCGAGCAGAGAUGGUUUUUAUUAAUAAUUAUAUUCGAACUGACAGGUCUCAAGGGUUCAGGGCUCUGGUUGUUAUGGAAGAUUACUCAUUGAUGCUUCUACAACAGGGUAAUAUUGUUUGGUGUAGGGAAGAUGGUCUUGCAUCUAUUGUGGACACGACGAUUUCAGAGUUGCCUUUGGAGAAGGAAGGCGUAUCGGUCGCUAACGUGGAGCACAGCCUAUUCCAAUGGCUCAAGGGGCACUUUCUAAAACUCAAGGAGACCCUAAUGCUUGCAAGCGCAGAAGAUAUAGCUGUGAUUCAAGAAAUGAGGCUGAAGAAUUCGGAGAAAACCAAGAUGACACGUGACCAUAAUGGGUUCCGAAAGCUUCUCAUAGUACUCACAAGAGCUGGAAAGAUACUGGCACUUCACACUGGAGAUGGGCGCGUAGUCUGGUCUCUUCUAUCUCCUUCCUUCCGAAAAUCUGAAAAGUGCCAAAAUCCUACUGGGGUUAAAAUAUAUCAGUGGCAGGUUCCUCACCAUCAUGCUCUAGAUGAAAACCCGUCCGUUCUUGUGGUUGGUAGAUGUGGGCUGGGCUCACCCAAUUUCCUCUCUUUUGUUGAUUCUUACACUGGAAAGGAGCUUGAAUCCCUUAGGCUUACUCACCCUGUGACCCAAAUUGUUCCACUUCCCUUCACUGAUUCGUUGGAGCAAAGGCUUCACUUAUUUGUAGAUGGGGAAAAGAGAGCACAUUUGCAUCCAAGAUCAAGCGAGUCUCUUGGGGUUUUCCUUAGGGAACUCCCAAAUAUUUACUUGUAUUCAAUUGAUAGUGAGAGAGGGAUUAUAAGGGGAUAUGGUUUGAAGGGGAAGUGCAUAAGAGAAGAAGGGGAUGACUACUGCUUUGAGACCAGGGAAUUGUGGAAGGUUGUUUUCCCUUUGGAAUCUGAGAAGAUCUCGGCAGUUGCGACUAGAAAGUCAAAUGAGGUGGUUCAUACCCAAGCAAAGGUAUUGACAGACCAAGAUGUGAUAUUCAAAUAUAUCUCAAGAAAUGUGCUCUUUGUGGCUACCAUUGCGCCUAAAGCAACAGAUGGAAUAGGGUCUAUUACCCCUGAUGAAGCUUGGUUAGUUGCAUAUCUCAUUGACACAGUUACAGGGCGCAUAUUGCACCGUGUCACCCACCUUGGUGCCCAUGGUCCUAUUCAAGCUGUUUUUAGUGAGAACUGGGUCGUGUACCACUACUUCAACCUGAGAGCUCACAAAUAUGAGAUGUCAGUCAUCGAGAUCUAUGAUCAGUCCCGUGCGGAUAACAAGGACGUGUUGAAACUUGUACUGGGAAAACAUAACCUUACGACUCCUGUUUCUUCUUAUUCACGACCAGAGGUGAUGGUUAAAUCUCAGAGCUACUUCUUUACGCACUCAGUGAAAUCGAUGGCAGUCACCUCCACGGCAAAGGGCAUCACGUCAAAGCAGCUCCUUAUUGGCACCAUUGGGGAUCAGGUUUUGGCUCUUGAUAAGCGCUAUGUUGAUCCUCGUCGGACUAUUAAUCCCACACAAGCAGAGAAAGAGGAGGGGAUUAUACCCUUGACUGAUUCACUUCCAAUCAUACCCCAGUCUUAUGUGACACAUUCAGUCCGAGUGGAAGGGCUGCGAGGGAUCGAGACAUUCCCCGCGAAGCUAGAGUCCACCAGCCUGGUUUUCAUAUACGGUGUGGAUCUCUUCUAUACAAGAAUUGCGCCAUCCCGAACAUAUGAUUCGCUCACUGAAGAGUUCAGCUAUUCCCUUCUACUCAUAACCAUAGUUGCCUUGGUUGCUGCUAUUUUUAUAACAUGGCGCCUCUCUGAAAAAAAGGAACUCAGAGAUAAGUGGAGGUGAAACAGAAAGGAGCUCGAGGGAUAAAUACGGGUGAUUGAGUCUCUCUAACAAACUGAUUCCCAUUAGAGUCCAGGACAAUUUUCCACUUUCUUGUCCACUAGGAGGAUUCCUCCUAUAUUUACCUGUAUUUUUGCUUCCUUGUUUUUUUUUUUUUUGUUCAUCCAGUUGGCAAGCUCUUUUAUUUAAAGCUUUUAAUUACAUUGUAUUUUUUUUGUUUUUCA